AUGUUGUUCGCAGGGAGGAAGUCGCUUGGGGUGCGCGUUCGGGAGAGGUGGGUUGCGGUCGUCAGGAUUGCUCCGGAAGACUUGGCGUCUCAGUGCUGCUCGCCAGUUAUGUUUCCCCUGCACCUUCCGACGGCACGCGCUGCGGCCUUCGUUUCAUUUCGUGCGUUCCGCAAGCGGCCGCCCAGCGGUUCGUUACUUGAGGCGGAUCACUUGCGGGUGUCGACCGACUGGUUUGCAUUGCCGCUUAAGAGCUGCUCAUGCAUCACCCCGUUCUUGCUACUGCCUUGCCCACAGAUCUCCGACGAUGAGGGCGGCAAAGACGGGACCUCCACGCCCACGCCGAGGUCUGAGCCACCCAUCCAGCCGGCCGCAAGUGGACAGCCGGGACAGGAGGAGAGCGCGGAACCCGCAGAAGACGGUGCGCAAUUGGGUAGCGUAGGAGACGGUGUGAAAUUGGGUACUGCAGGAGGCGGUGCGCUAUUGGGUAGCGCAGGAGACGGUGUGCAAUUGGGUAGCGCAGGAGACGGUGCGCAAUUGGGCACCGCGGCCGAGCUUGAUACACACGGAGCGGCAGAGAAGGAGGGUGGGGGAUGUGCAAAGGGCCAAGUCCAGGAGCAGGAGGAACGGGGCCCCACGGCAGUUGUCGUUCGCGCGGCAAACCCCGAGUUGUGCGAGUCCAAGGACGGCGGUGGGAUGGACGCUGCAAACGCAGAACAGGAUGGAAGUCCAGAGGCUGGGAAAGUAAACGGGGAUGGUGAGCAGCCCGAGGGCCCGAAAGUCGAAGGCGCCGUAGCCAGGGAGGCGAGCGCGCUAGAAGUCUCUGAAUGUGCGGCGCCAGUCGAUGAGGGACAACAGGGCAGUCUGGAUGGUAUGCAAGCCCAGGCCACCGGGGAUAACAGCGAGGUGUCUGGAGAUGCCGCCCAGCAAGGCAGCCAACAAGGCUAUGACCAGCAAGGUCGAACCCAAGGGGGUGAUGGAGAGGAACGAAGAGAGGAAAAAGUUUUGGGUGAGGUCAGUGGGAAACGCGAACGGAAGCGGGGCCGAAGGCGGAGCCGACGACGUGAUAGAGAUGGUCACCAGCAGCGUGGAGAUGACGAGCACAAGACUGGUGUGUCUCGACCUGACGCUGAUGGAAGUGGAAUGCAGGGAGGAAUUGGAGUGCACAGUCAACAGCAACAUGUGGGGACUUCGAAUGGGUCCUCUGUGCAUGCACCCACAGAGGGCCGGAGGGCUGGCAGUGAGAGCCACCAGCACGAAGACAACAGUUUAAAGAACAGCGAGCCAUCGCGGCGCACACCUCAGCGAAGACGAGAUGGUUCGUUCGCCAACGAUGUGUGGAGGCCCAGCGAUGUUGCACUCACCCCAGGAAGUGAAGGGUAUGAACCCCAUCGGCAAAGUCGUCAACACCGAGACGACACAACAACAAGGAGUGGCAUGCCACCACGCCCGUCUCCAAGGAUGCGAAACGAUGCUUGGGAGGGAAUGGUGUCUUCUCUGCAGUGUGGCGCGCAGGCCCGUGCAGGAAGCCGGGAAAGACAGCGGUACCCAAAUGACGUUUGGAAAAGGACCAGUCCCUCUCCUCGCGGUGCACCGGGAGGACAAAGGCGGGAUGAUAGGUUGGAAACGAACUCAAACCGAUCCCAAGAUGAGGCACUUGGCAGACGUUCCCCCUAUGCUGCAUCACCGCGCCAGAGACAAGAUGGUUUUAUGGAUGGCCGUCAACACUGGGAUGGAACUUACGCAAAGGGCAGGCAGUCUCCUUACAAUGCUUCACCACGCCAGAGACAGGACAGACGAUGGGAAAAGAAGGGGCACCAUGAUGAGGCAUUCGCUUAUGGCCGACAGUCACCUUUGCCCUCUGCGCAUGGGAGACAGUCGCCAUAUCUCCCUUCACCAGGAAGGCAGUCACCGUUCCCCUCUUCACCAGGCAGGCAGUCCCCAUAUCCCCCUUCGCCAGGCCGGCGGUCGCCAUACCCCUAUGCGCAAGGCCAGGUGAGGCAGGAUGCCCGCAAACCUGAGCGGCAAGAUUCUGCCUGUUCUGAAGGUUGGACGAAAGUCAAGCCUCGCCGAAGGCGCAACAACAGGGGCUCCAAGAGGUCGCAGGUUCAGGGUAGGGUCGAGACGGAGAGACGGGUGGUGGCCCCGCCUGAGCACACUUGGGCAAGGUACUCGACUGUCGGCCACAGGAGUCGACAAGAAGAGAGCGCCAGAGCUGUUGCACGCCCAGAGACUGAGGCUCAUAGGAGGCACAGGGAGAAGGUUGCUCAGGAAGCUGCUGCUAGGGCCCAACAGCAUGGCCAGGUGGCUCAGCACAACGGGCUGGGAGGAGGCCACAAUGGCGCUCUUGCAUCUUAA